CACAUACACCUCGCAAUCCUGCUGAAAGCAGGGAGAAGGGAGGCAGCCUGGGCUCAUUUAGCAGACGAAUUCCCACUGACAUUUGUAAAUUACGCAGCUCGAUUGCAGACUUGCUGCUGCUGCUGAUUUACUGAGUGUGCAGCCAAGCAACCCAGGCAGAGGAGGACGCUUCAAUCCGGCUACAACAAUGUCUGAGUUUCUUUUAGCCUUAGUAGCGAUCUCAGGAUUAUUUCCUGUUGCUAAGGUGCUGGCAGUGGGAGCCGAUCGAGAAGAACAGCUGUGUGACAUAGGAGAGUUUCUUUGCGAUGAUCAUGUGACUUGUGUGUCUCAAAAUUGGCUAUGUGAUGGAGAACCCAACUGUCCAGAUGAUUCAGAUGAGUCUUUAGAUACCUGUCCUGAGGAAAUAGAAUUCAAGUGUCCCCUGAAUCAUAUGACUUGCAUCGGUACAAACAGAUGUAUUCACUUGUCCCAACUCUGCAAUGGUGUAUAUGACUGUUCAGAUGGGUAUGAUGAAGGAGUACAUUGUCGGGAAUUAUUACCCAAAUGCCAACGGAUGAAUUGCCAAUACAAAUGUAGUAUUUCAAGGAAUGGCACCAGCUGUUACUGUGAGGAUGGAUAUGAAGUAGGCGAUGAUGGAAGAAACUGCAACGAUUUAGAUGAAUGUAAUGUGUAUGGGACCUGUAGCCAAACCUGUAUAAAUACAGAUGGAUCAUAUGCAUGUAGUUGUGUGGAGGGUUAUGUACUUCAGCCUGACAACAGAUCUUGCAAAGCCAAAAAUGAGCCCAGUGAUAGACCUCCAGUUCUUCUGAUUGCAAGCUCUGAAACUAUUGAAGUAUUAUAUCUUAAUGGAAGUAAAGUUCCUACUCCAAACUCAGUGAAAGGAAAUGGAAUUAAUACACUGGAUUUUAUAUACAAUAAGGACACAAUUUGUUGGAUUGAAUCGAAAGAAUCUUCAAGUCAGCUGAAAUGUACCAAGAUAUCAAAAUCUUGGAGAUUAACAGAUGAAUGGAUAAUAAACAUUGCACAGUAUCUUCACAAUGUACAACAAAUGGCAAUCGACUGGCUCACUGGAAAUUUUUAUUUUGUGGAUCAUGUCAGUGACAGAAUCUUUGUGUGUAAUCACAAUGGAACUGUGUGCAUUACCCUGAUUGAUCUUGAUCUUCAAAACCCUAAGGCAAUAGCUGUUGAUCCAACAUCAGGAAAACUUUUCUUUACCGACUAUGGGAAUGUGGCCAAAAUUGAAAGAUGUGACAUGGAUGGGAUGAAUAGAACAAGGAUAGUAGAAUCUAAAAUUGAGCAGCCAACUGCUGUUGCAGUAGAUCUGGUCAAUAAAUAUGUUUACUGGAUAGACAUAUAUCUGGACUACAUAGAAGUUGUUGACUAUCAAGGAAGAAACAGGCAUACAGUAAUUCAAGGCCGACAAGUUAGGCAUCUUUAUAGUUUAACAGUAUUUGAAAACUAUCUAUAUGCAACUAAUUCAGAUAAUUUCAGCAUCUUACAAAUAAACAAAUACAAUCGCACAGAUGUUGAGUCACUGAUUAGACUUGAAAAUGCAAGAGAGAUCCAUGUCUAUCAGAAAAGAAUGCAGCCAUCAGUCAGAAGCCAUGCAUGUGAAGUAGACCCAUAUGGAAUGCCAGGAGGGUGUUCACACAUCUGUCUGCUCAGCAGCAACUACAAAACACGGACUUGUCGCUGCAGGACUGGCUUCGUCUUGGGAAGUGAUGGCAGGUCAUGCAAAAGGCCAAAGAAUGAGUUGUUCCUGUUUUAUGGGAAGGGACGCCCGGGAAUCAUACGAGGAAUGGACCUGAAUUCCAAAAUUGCUGAUGAAUAUAUGAUCCCCAUAGAAAACCUGGUCAACCCUCGUGCUCUGGACUUCCAUGCUGAGACCAAUUACAUCUACUUCGCUGACACGACAAGCUUCUUGAUUGGGCGACAGAAAAUUGAUGGCACAGAGCGUGAGACCAUUUUGAAAGAUGAUCUUGAUAAUGUUGAAGGUAUAGCCGUGGACUGGAUUGGAAAUAAUUUGUACUGGACAAAUGAUGGCCACAGGAAAACAAUUACUGUAGCCAGAUUGGAGAAAGCUUCUCAAAGUCGAAAAAUUUUGUUAGAGGGAGAUAUGUCUCAUCCGAGAGGAAUUGUCGUUGAUCCUGUCAAUGGCUGGAUGUAUUGGACGGACUGGGAGGAAGAUGAAAUAGAUGACAGUGUGGGAAGAAUCGAGAAGGCAUGGAUGGAUGGCUACAGGCGGCAGAUUUUUGUGACAUCAAAGAUGCUGUGGCCAAAUGGUUUAACUCUGGACUAUCAUACAAAUGUUUUGUACUGGUGUGAUGCCUAUUAUGAUCACAUUGAAAGAAUAUUUUUGAAUGGAACUGACAGAAAGGUAGUCUACAAUGGGAAGGAGCUGAAUCAUCCUUUUGGGCUAUCACAUCAUGGAAACUAUAUUUUCUGGACAGAUUAUAUGAAUGGCUCUAUUUUUCAGUUGGAUCUGAUGAUGAGGAAUGUGACGCUACUAAGAAGUGAGAGGCCACCUCUCUUUGGGCUUCAGAUUUAUAAUCGCUACAAGCAGCAAGGUGACAAUGCAUGUCGUGUAAAUAAUGGAGGCUGCAGCACUCUUUGUUUAGCCAUUCCUGGAGGCAGAGUUUGUGCCUGUGCUGAUCAUCAGCUCCUAGAGGAAAACAGUACAGUGUGCAUGAUUAAUCCUGGAGAAGCGUUACCUCAGUUGUGCAAACCUGGAGAAUUUCAGUGUAACAACAAGCGCUGUAUCCAGGACCGCUGGCGGUGUGAUGGAGAUGAUGAUUGUUUGGAUGCCAGUGAUGAGCAUUCAGAAAUUUGCUUCAAUCAUAGCUGUCCUGAUGAUCAAUUUAAGUGCCAGAAUAACCGCUGCAUCCCCAAGAGGUGGCUUUGCGAUGGAGCUAAUGAUUGUGGAAAUCAUGAAGAUGAAUCAAAUGAAACCUGUGCAGCAAGAACAUGUCAAGUUGAUCAGUUUUCUUGUGGGAAUGGACGUUGUAUUCCAAAAUCGUGGUUGUGUGAUAGGGAGGAUGACUGUGGUGAUGAAACAGAUGAAAUGGCAUCAUGUGAAUUCCCAACCUGUGAACCACUAACUCAAUUUAUAUGCAAAAAUGGAAGAUGUGUUAGCAGUAAAUGGCACUGUGACUCAGAUGACGACUGUGGCGAUGGGAGUGAUGAGUUGGGUUGUGUUCACUCAUGCUCCAGUAACCAGUUCAGAUGCUCCAAUGGCAGAUGUAUACCAAGUCAUUGGGCUUGUGAUGGUGACAAUGACUGUGGAGACUUCAGUGAUGAAACCAAAACAAACUGCACCAAAGAAGAAACUCCCUCUCCUGGAGGAUGCAAUGAGAAAGAAUUUCAGUGUAACCCUGAUGGGAAUUGUGUUCCCGUGUUGUGGCGCUGCGAUGGAGAAAAGGAUUGUGAAGAUGGCAGCGAUGAAAAGGGCUGUAAUGGAACUAUACGCUUGUGUGAUGAGAGAACCAAGUUUUCCUGCAAGAAUACAAGGAGAUGCAUUAGCAAAGCGUGGCUAUGUGAUGGAGAUAUUGAUUGUGACGAUCAGUCUGAUGAGGAUAAUUGCGAGAGCUAUAUGUGUGGACCACCAAAAUAUCCUUGUGCUAAUGAUACCUCCAUCUGCCUACAGCCUGAGAAGCUCUGUAAUGGGAGAAGAGAUUGUCCUGAUGGAUCUGACGAAGGCGACCUUUGUGAUGAAUGUUCGCUUAACAAUGGUGGAUGUAGCCACCAGUGUUCUGUAGUUCCUGGAAGAAGAAUUGUGUGUUUCUGCCCUCCAGGAUUUUAUCUAAAUCCAGACAACAAAACCUGUGAAAUUGUGGAUUACUGUACCAAGCAUCUUAAGUGUAGUCAAGUGUGUGAACAGCACAAACAUAGUGUCAAGUGCUCCUGUUAUGAAGGUUGGAAGAUCAGUAAUGAUGGUGAAAGUUGCACUAGUAUUGAUCCAUUUGAAGCUUUCAUCAUUUUUUCCAUUCGUCACGAGAUCAGAAAGAUUGAUCUUCACAAGCGAGACUAUAGUCUCUUAGUUCCUGGUUUAAGAAACACAAUAGCACUUGAUUUUCAUUUCAAUCAGAGCUUACUGUACUGGACAGAUGUGGUGGAAGAUAAAAUUUACCGAGGCAAGCUUUCUGAAACUGGAGGUGUGAGUGCCAUUGAAGUCGUUGUGCAACAUGGCCUGGCCACUCCUGAGGGUCUUACAGUAGAUUGGAUUGCAGGAAACAUAUACUGGAUAGACAGCAAUUUGGAUCAGAUUGAAGUAGCAAAAUUAGAUGGCACUUUAAGAACAACAUUAAUAGCAGGUGCUAUGGAGCAUCCCAGGGCUAUUGCCUUAGAUCCUAGAUAUGGAAUUCUGUUUUGGACAGACUGGGAUGCUAAUUUUCCUCGCAUUGAGUCUGCUUCUAUGAGUGGGGCAGGAAGAAAAAUCAUCUAUAAAGACAUGGAUACCGGAGCCUGGCCUAAUGGUCUUACUGUUGAUCACUUUGAAAAAAGAAUAGUAUGGACAGAUGCUAGGUCUGAUGCAAUUUAUUCUGCAUUAUACGACGGAACUGGAAUGAUAGAGAUCCUACGGGGUCAUGAAUAUCUUUCUCACCCCUUUGCUGUCUCACUGUAUGGAAGCGAAGUGUAUUGGACUGACUGGAGGACCAAUACAUUGUCAAAAGCCAAUAAAUGGACAGGGCAAAAUGUUAGUGUGAUACAGAAAACCAGUGCACAGCCUUUUGACCUUCAAAUAUACCAUCCAAGUCGUCAACCACAAGCUCCUAAUCCUUGUGCUGCUAACAAUGGCAGAGGUCCAUGUUCUCAUAUGUGUCUGAUCAAUCACAAUAGAAGUGCUGCAUGUGCAUGUCCUCAUCUGAUGAAACUGUCCAUAGAUAAGAAAACAUGUUAUGAUAUUCAGAAUAUUAGAGGCCUUGCAGUGGAUUGGGUGUCACGAAAUUUGUACUGGAUUAGUUCGGAGUUUGAUGAAACUCAAAUUAAUGUGGCACAUUUAGAUGGUUCUUUGAAAACCUCAGUCAUCCAUGGAAUUGAUAAACCCCAGUGUCUUGCAGUUCACCCUGUCAAGGGGAAGCUUUACUGGACUGAUGGGAACACAAUUAAUAUGGCAAACAUGGAUGGCAGUAACAACAAAAUACUCUUUCAGAAUCAAAAAGACCCAGUUGGUCUAUCGAUAGAUUAUCUGGAGAACAAGCUUUAUUGGAUCAGUUCAGGAAAUGGAACCAUAAAUAGAUGCAACCUGGAUGGUAGUGAUUUAGAAAUAAUAGAGUCAAUGAAAGAAGAAUUAACAAAAGCCACAGCUUUAACCAUCAUGGAUAAAAAACUCUGGUGGGCAGACCACAACUUAGCUCAGCUGGGUACCUGCAACAAAAGAGAUGGAAGAACCCCCACUGUCCUGCGAAACAAGACUUCAGGGGUUGUACAUAUGAAAGUGUAUGAUAAAGCAGCACAGCAAGGUAGCAAUUCCUGUCAACUAAACAAUGGUGGGUGUUCCCAGCUUUGCUUACCAACAUCAGAAACUACCAGAACGUGCAUGUGUACAGUGGGUUAUAACCUCCGAAAAAAUCGUAUGUCAUGUCAAGGUAUUGAGUCAUUUCUCAUGUAUUCUGUUCAUGAAGGAAUUAGAGGAAUUCCUCUGGAUCCAAAUGACAAAACAGAUGCUUUAAUGCCCAUAUCUGGAACUUCGUUUGCUGUGGGUAUAGAUUUCCAUGGAGGAAAUGACACAAUUUACUGGACUGACAUGGGUUUCAACAAAAUUAGCAGAGCUAGACGAGACCAGACCUGGAAAGAAGACAUAAUUUCAAAUGGCUUGGGAAGGGUUGAAGGCAUAGCAGUGGACUGGAUAGCGGGUAACAUAUAUUGGACAGAUCAUGGCUUCAACUUAAUUGAAGUUGCUAGACUCAAUGGCUCAUUCCGAUACGUAAUUAUAUCCCAGGGUCUGGACCAGCCAAGAUCCAUAGCAGUGCACCCAGAAAAAGGGUAUUUGUUCUGGACAGAAUGGGGACAGACUCCCUGCCUAGGCAGGGCACGGUUAGAUGGGUCUGAGAAGGUUGUGCUUGUGAGCUUGGGGAUUGCCUGGCCUAAUGGAAUCUCCGUUGACUAUGAGGAAAAUAAAUUAUACUGGUGUGAUGCUCGUACAGACAAGAUAGAAAGAAUCGACCUUGAGAGUGGAGGGAACCGGGAGAUUGUGCUCUCAGGGAGCAAUGUGGAUAUGUUUUCAGUAGCAGUCUUUGGAGCUUACAUCUACUGGUCUGACAGAGCACAUGCUAAUGGCUCAAUCAGAAGAGGUCAUAAGAAUGAUGCCACAGAUGCUGUGACCAUGAGGACUGGCCUGGGAAUAAACCUGAAGGAAGUGAAAGUCUUUAACAGACAACGAGAAAAAGGUACUAAUGUUUGUGCCAAGAACAAUGGUGGAUGUCAGCAACUUUGUCUGUAUCGAGGAAAUGCACAGAGAACAUGUGCUUGUGCACAUGGCUAUCUUGGAGAGGAUGGAGUUACUUGUCUGAGACAUGAAGGUUACUUGCUGUAUUCAGGAAGGACAAUAUUAAAAAGUAUACAUCUUUCAGAUGAAACCAAUUUAAAUUCACCAGUAAGGCCAUAUGAAAAUCCAGACUACUUCAAAAAUGUGAUAGCAUUGGCUUUCGACUACAACCUGAAAGGAACGGGUACUAACCGUAUCUUCUUUAGUGAUGCACAUUUUGGAAAUAUACAACUUAUUAAAGAUAACUGGGCUGGCAGAAAGGUGAUAAUUGAAAAUGUAGGUUCUGUGGAAGGACUUGCCUAUCAUAGAGCUUGGGAUACUCUCUAUUGGACCAGCUCUACUACAUCAUCUAUCACAAGACAUACAGUUGACCAGAAACGAAGAGGAUCUUUCAACAGGGAAGCAGUAAUAACAAUGUAUGAAGAUGAUCAUCCACAUGUAUUAGCGCUUGAUGAAUGCCAAAAUUUAAUGUUUUGGACUAACUGGAAUGAGCAGCAUCCAAGCAUCAUGAGAUCUACCCUUUCUGGGAAAAAUGCACAGGUUAUUAUCAGUACUGAUCUCCUCACACCAAAUGGACUUACCAUUGAUCACAGUGCAGAGAAACUCUACUUUUCAGAUGGCAACCUGGGAAAAAUAGAGAGGUGUGAAUAUGAUGGGUCACAGAGAUAUGUAAUCGUCAAGUCUGGACCAGGCACUUUUCUUAGCCUGGCUGUAUAUAAUGGCUAUAUCUUUUGGUCAGACUGGGUGAGACGAUCUAUUCUUCGCUCCAAUAAAUACACAGGAGGAGAUACAAAAGUUCUUCGAUCUGAUAUACCACAUCAGCCAAUGGGCAUCAUUGCUGUUGCCAAUGAUACUAACAAUUGUGAACUGUCUCCCUGUGCACAAAUGAAUGGAGGCUGUCAUGACUUAUGCCUUCUGACUCCUGAUGGUCGAGUGAACUGUUCAUGUAGAGGGGAUCGAAUGCUGGUAGAUGACAACAGAUGUGUGACUAAAAACUCCACAUGCAACAUUUACUCUGAGUUUGAAUGUGGAAAUGGUGAAUGCAUCGACUACCAAUUAACCUGUGAUGGCAUUGCUCAUUGUAAGGACAAAUCGGAUGAAAAACUAUUUUAUUGCGAAAACAGAAGCUGUCGGAGAGGUUUUAGGCCUUGUUACAAUCACCGUUGUAUUUCAAACAACAAAAUGUGUGAUGGCACAAAUGACUGUGGUGACAACUCUGAUGAACUGGACUGUAAAGAUUCAACCUGUGUUUCAACAGAAUUUCUCUGUGCAGAAGGGAUUUGCAUUGCAAAAUCAGCACAAUGCAACCAGGUCCUUGAUUGUGCAGAUGCUUCAGAUGAGAAGAACUGCAAUAACACAGACUGCACUAAUUUCUAUAAGCUUGGAGUAAAAUCUACAGGGUUUAUUAGUUGUAAUUCUACUUCACUUUGUAUACUACCAGAAUGGAUAUGUGAUGGAUCUAACGACUGUGGAGAUUAUACAGAUGAAUUAAAAUGCCCAGUUCGAAACAAGCCCACAUGUGCAGAAAAUUAUUUUGGAUGCCCUAGUGGAAGAUGUAUUCUGAACACAUGGCUGUGUGAUGGACAAAAAGAUUGUGAGGAUGGAGUUGAUGAAUUGCAUUGUGAUUCUUCUUGUUCAUGGAAUCAAUUUGCUUGCUCAGCACACAAAUGUAUCUCUAAGCAGUGGACUUGUGAUGGUGAAGAUGACUGUGGAGAUGGCUUAGAUGAGAGUGAUGCUAUUUGUGGAUCGGUAACCUGUGCUGCAGACACAUUCAGUUGCCUAGGUUCCCAUGCCUGUGUCCCUCAACACUGGCUUUGUGAUGGUGAAAGGGACUGUCCUAAUGGAAGUGAUGAACUCUCUACAGCAGGCUGUGCUCCUAAUAAUACUUGUGAUGAGAACUCAUUCACAUGCCGCAAUAAAGUCUGCAUUCCCAAACAGUUUAUAUGCGAUCAUGAUGACGACUGUGGAGAUGGAUCUGAUGAGUCAUUGGAAUGUGGGUAUCGUCACUGUAAUCCUGAAGAAUUCAGUUGUGCUGAUGGAAGGUGUCUCUCAAAUUCUCAGUGGCAAUGUGAUGGGGACUUUGACUGCCCAGAUCAUUCUGAUGAAGCUCCUAUAAACAUAAAAUGCAAAAGUUCAGAACAGUCAUGCAACAGUUCUUUUUUCAUUUGCAAAAAUGGCAAGUGUAUUCCUCAGAUAGAUAUCUGUGACAAUAAAGAGGAUUGUGGUGAUGGAUCUGAUGAGAGAAAUUGCCAUAUCAAUGAAUGCUUGAGUAAGAAAGUCAGUGGCUGUUCUCAAGAUUGUCAGGAUCUUCCUGUUGGGUACAAGUGCAAAUGCUGGCCUGGAUUCUGGCUCAAGGAUGAUGGCAAAACAUGUGUAGACAUUGAUGAAUGUUCCUCUGGCUUCCCCUGUAGUCAGCAAUGCAUCAAUACAUAUGGAACUUACAAAUGCUUAUGUGCAGAUGGGUAUGAAACACAACCUGAUAACCUCAAUGGCUGUAAAUCUCUUUCAGAUGAGGAGCCUUUCUUAAUUCUGGCUGACCAUCAUGAAAUAAGAAAAAUUAGCACUGAUGGAUCCAACUAUACUUCAUUGAAACAGGGGCUAAACAAUGUGAUUGCAAUAGACUUUGAUUAUAGAGAAGAGUUCAUCUAUUGGAUUGAUUCCAGCAGACCAAAUGGCAGCAGAAUAAACAGAAUGUCUUUGAAUGGAAGUGACAUAAAG